AUGGAUAUUGAUGACGAAGAUAUCUAUUCAAAUGAUCACGCCGGACCCAGCACAGUUGGUGCUUCAGGAAUUGAAGUAGAUUUUGAUUCUUUAAGCGAAUACCUUAAAGAGAAUGAUGGGAUCGAAAUUACAAAAGAUUUUGAGAAAAAGCUUGACGAAAAAACUGCAAAAAUGGAAGAAAUUGCGCCAAGCUUGAAAGCUAUUGAAAGAUUGGAAGGUAUAGAACAGCGCAUGCGAGAUACUGAAAAAGAAUUUGAUAGUGCAAGACGCGAAGCUAAGACAGCCAAGGAUAGGUUCAAUGCUGUUAAACAAAAAAGAUAUAAACUUUUUCAUGCUGCAUAUGAUCAUAUCGCAGAAAACAUUGAUAAAAUUUAUAAAGAUUUAACGAAAAGUCGCAGUUUUCCGUUGGGAGGGACUGCAUAUCUUAGUUUGGAAGAUACUGAGGAGCCGUAUCUAGAUGGUGUGAAAUAUCAUGCAAUGCCUCCAAUGAAGCGUUUUCGAGAUAUGGAACAGCUGUCGGGUGGUGAGAAAACCAUGGCGGCAUUGGCAUUAUUAUUCGCUAUUCACAGUUAUCAACCAUCGCCUUUCUUUGUUCUUGAUGAAGUUGAUGCUGCAUUGGAUAACACUAAUGUUGGGAAAAUUGCAAACUAUAUUCGGGAACACGCAUCAGAUACUUUUCAAUUUAUUGUCAUCUCUCUCAAGAGUACUUUAUACGAAAAGGCACAGGCACUUGUUGGAAUAUAUAGAGAUCAAGAUAUAAACAGCAGCAAGACAUUGACAUUGCAG